GCAUGCUUGCGCGUAGCUUGACAUUUGUUUGGUGUCAGCUGUGCCCAAUGUCUACGGCGCAGUAUCCAUAGCCAUUUUGGCUCAAGUACGCCUGUCUUUGUUUUGCUAGAAGCGAGAAAGACUACAAUUGGCAGCCGAUGGCGAUCCUCAUCGCCGCGGCCUCGCUGCUGGCACUCGCGCACGCUACGGGCCCGCAAGUUUCCUGCGCUGUAGGGCAGCAGUGCGCCGCGGGAGAGCAGGAUGACACGGGCAUGCUCCAGAAGAGCUCGCAGAUGAUGCAGGUGAAUCGGCAUGAGCAAAUGAGCGUGAGGACGACGCCCACGAACGAUGCCGAGUGCAAGGCCGUGAAGGGCAUCAACACGGGCCUGCCCAUCGUCUACGACUCCAGCUGCUGCCCCGGCCUGUGCUGCUUCUCCGCAGCCUUGGCGCAGCAGAAGGUGAGGACGACGCCCACGAACGACGCCGAGUGCAAGGCCGUGAAGGGCAUCAACACGGGCCUGCCCAUCGUCUACGACUCCAGUUGCCCCGGCCUGUGCUGCUUCGAGUACCAGCCGUGCAGGUACAACAACACGGGCUGCUACUCCGCAGCCUUGGCGCAGCAGAAGGUGAGGACGACGCCCACGAACGACGCCGAGUGCAAGGCCGUGCCGGGCAUUCACACGGACCUGCCCAUCGUCUACGACUCCAGUUGCCCCGGCGUGUGCUGCUUCGAGGACCAGCUGUGCAGGUACAACAACACGGGCUGCUAUUCAGCAGCCUUGGCGCAGCAGAAG